AUGGCAGCAGCUGAGGGUGCGAGGUCUUUAUUUUGCCGCAUGAUUGAUGUGGGAAAAGGCGUUGUAGAAUCAAUGAAACUGAUAGCGUUCUGGAUGUGGCUGGAGACACAAGGAUUUCAAGAAAUCAUUACAAAGCUCUUUUCUUGCGAUAAUGAAUUCUUGGCUCUUGUUUCCGGUGAGGCUGAGGCUGUUGUAUCAUCUCUGCAAAGUCAGCAUUCAUCAAAAACACCCAUUUCAUCAGUUCUCAUGCGUGUCACUGCAACAUUAGCAAAACGCUUUUUAUCUCCCAGUGUAAUUUUCGCGGAUAAAGAAAAGGCAUUGAAGGGCAUUGUGGAUGUGUUUAUGCAAGUCUGUUGUGUUGCAUUCGAGGAUAUACUGAAAGAGAAAGGGAUUGAAGUUCCCAAAGGAGUGGAGUCUCUAGAGAAAUUUUGGCAGGUUUCUUCUGCCGAACAAACUGCUGCAGUAACAUCUAUUGAAUCAAAGCUGAACCCUUUUGCCGAGGAAUGGAAUCCUACAGUUGAGAGAGUGUCCGAAGAGGAUAGAUGUCUGUUUUUAACGUUUUCGAACGGGUAUCCUCUUACUGAGACUCAAAUCUUAAAAUUUUUUAACGAGAAAUAUGGACCCUCCUGCGUGGAAAGGGUAUACGUGCAUUGGCCAGAUCCAAGGAGCGGGAGAAAGGAGCCGCCGCUGUUUGGAAAGGUUGUGUUCAAGGCUUUUUACAUACCUGUCGUGAUUUUAAAUGGAAAAAAAGAAGCUAAGUUUUGGGUCGAUAAAAGGCCUCUAUGGUGCAAAAGGUUCGAUCCAAAGAAGAAGAUUGGGAAAAAGAACUGA